UCUUUGACAUAACUUUAACAAAUGUCCAGCAUAGGGCUCCAAUUAAAAGGUGAUAUUUUAAUGUCAAAUCGGCUGUCAAUUAUUCUGAUGGGUUAAGCGAUGAGUCAUUUGGUCAAUAAAAUGUCAGAAAAUAACGAAUAAUGCCCAUUUAUAAUCAAUCCAGAGCCCAAGGGGACAUAUUUCCUUAUGAAACCAGAAAAUAUUUUCAUUUGAGAAGCAAGAUCAGAAUUGACAUUUUUUUCAGAAAACAAACUUAAAACUAUAAAUAAAAUUGCUGCAGCUCUUGUCCAGUUUAAAAGUCCAGUCAGAGGAAUGCGGAGUAGGGUCCCGAAUAAAAAACAAAACAAAUAUGAUAACCGAUAAUAUAAAAAUAAGACAGACAGAUGGUAAGAUAAUUGCUCCAUGUGCUCAAUGUUGUAGUAGUUCUGGUUCAGGAAGCCCCAAGUCCUGCCUGACAGGUAAAACUGAGGGCAAAAGUCCAUGAAUUGCGCGCGUUGAUGACGUUGUGCUACAUGCGACGCGGACCUGUCUUCUCCACGCUGUUAAGCAGAAGGUUUUCAACCUCGGUGUUUUUAACGCUCUUCUUUUUGCUCCGUUUAUCUUAAAACAUGGAGAAAAAGGGUGGGAAGUCCGUCGGGAAGAAACCUAAACCCGCGAAGAUGAAAGACGGCACCGACCCCGUCAGAAACUUCGAGAAAUGGAAGAAAAAAUACAACAAGACGAAAGAUCGGGUGAAGCGAGACCGAGCGCAGCAGAAGAAGCCCGAGUGGCAGGUCGAACGGGAGUACAUCGACCGGCUCGUCAGCCGGUACGGCGAGAUAAACGCCAAGGAGGCGGUCAAGUUUUCAGACUUCCCCAUCUCUAAGAAGACAUUGCUAGGCUUACAGGGGGUUCAGUACCGACAGCCCACGGAGAUCCAGAGACAGACCAUCGGCUUCGCUCUGCUCGGUAAAGACGUCCUCGGCGCUGCCAAGACCGGCUCCGGCAAGACUUUAGCCUUCCUCAUACCGGUGCUGGAGUGUCUGUACCGCCACCAGUGGACCUCCACGGACGGCCUCGGUGCUCUCAUCAUAUCCCCCACCAGAGAGCUCGCCUACCAGACCUUCGAGGUGCUCCGCAAGGUGGGCAAGAACCACGAGUUCUCCGCGGGGCUCAUCAUCGGCGGGAAGGACCUGAGGAGCGAGUCGGAGCAGAUCCACCGCACCAACAUCGUCAUCUGCACGCCGGGCCGGCUGCUCCAGCACAUGGACGAGACGGCCACCUUCCAUGCCUCCGACCUCCACAUGCUGGUCCUGGACGAGGCGGACCGCAUCCUGGACAUGGGUUUCGCGGACACGCUCAACGCCAUCGUGGAGAACCUGCCCAGGUCCCGGCAGACGCUGCUGUUCUCCGCCACGCAGACCAAGUCGGUCAAAGACCUGGCGCGGCUCAGCCUCAAAGAUCCGGAGUACGUGUGGGUCCACGAGAAGGCCAAGUUCAGCACGCCGGCCACCCUGGAGCAGAGCUACGUGGUGUGCGAGCUCCACCAGAAGGUCAACAUGCUCUACUCCUUCAUCAAGAGCCACCUGAGGAAGAAGAUCAUCGUCUUCUUCGCCUGCUGCAAGGAGGUGCAGUACCUGUUCCGGGUGCUCUGCCGCCUCAGACCCGGCAUGCCAAUCCUGGCUCUGCACGGCAAGCAGCAGCAGAUGAAGAGGGUGGAGGUCUACAACGACUUCCUCCGGAAGCAGAGCGCCGUGCUCUUCGCCACCGACAUAGCCGCCAGAGGCCUGGACUUCCCCGCGGUCAACUGGGUGCUGCAGUUCGACUGUCCGGAGGACGCGGACACCUACAUCCACCGGGUGGGCCGCACCGCCCGGUACAAGGAGGGCGGGGAGGCGCUGCUGCUGCUGCUCCCCUCAGAGGAGAAGGGCAUGGUGGGCCAGCUGGGAGAGAAGAGGGUCCCCAUCACUAAGAUCCAGGUAAACCCAGACAAGCUGCAGAAUGUCCAACAGAAGCUGGAGGCCUUCCUGGCCCAGGAGAAGGAGCAGAAGGAGAGGGCCCAGAGGUGCUUCGUCUCCUACCUGCGCUCAGUCUACCUGAUGAAGAACAAGGGGGUGUUUGAUGUCUUCAAGCUCCAGCUCCAGGAGUACGCUGCGUCUCUGGGCCUCGCCGUGGCUCCGAGGGUGCGCUUUCUGAGCAAAGCUCAGGCACAGAAAACCGAGAGAGAGGGGCGGAGAGAGGAGGAGCAGUCUGAGGGAGAGGAAGAGCUGAGGAGCUUCAAGGCCCAGCUGAAAGGAGACGUUCCUCAGGAGGAAGGUCAGAGCUCAGAGUCAGAAGAUUCAGGUGAUGAUGAGGAGGAAAGUGGUAAUGAAGGAGAGGUACUGCAUCUGGGUGCAGAUGAUGACGACGAAAGUGACGACGAUCUUAGAGAUGUGGACCUGCUGACAGUCAAACGAAAGGAUGUCUUCAACCUGAUGGGGGACGAGGAGAGUUCAGAGGAACCCGAGGAUUUCUCCAUAAAGAAAACGGAAAAAGAGACAAAGUUCACAGAAGCCAAAAAAGCCCUCAAGAGAAACUUCCAGGUCAACACCAAAGUGGCGUUCAGCGAGGAGGGAGAGGCCGUGCAGGUGUGGCCUCCGGUCCAACGGGCAGUGACCGAAGAGGAGGAGGAGGAAGAGGUAUCGGGUAUCAACGUGGAGAAGGCCAGGGAGAGGCUGAAGCGUGAGGACCAGGCGUUCGACAAGCACGAGUACAGCCGCAAGGUGAAAGCCAAACACAGGGAGCAGAGGCUGAAGGCCAAGGCGGCCAGGAGGGAGGCCAGCAAGCAGCACGGACGCAAAUCUGACGACGAAGACGAGGAGGACGAGGUGGUGGCGUACCUGGCCAACCACAGCGAAGACGAGUUCGACCCCAGCACCCUGCCGGACCCUGACAAACUACGCCCUGAAGAGGAGGAUGAGAUGACGGCAGCCAAACGACAGCACAGUGGCGAAAGCAGCGACGAGGAAGAGGAGGAGCUUACAGCGGGAAAGAGGAAGAAAGCCAGGCGACAGAACGAAGAGCACAAAGCCCUGGACACCGGUCUCUCUCUGGCCGAGGACGAGCAGUUGGUUCUGCAUCUGCUAGGAGGACAGAGCUAGAGGAGACAGAGAGGAGUCUGGGAUUUAAAAACAGUACAAACUGGUCAGUUUAAUAAAGUUCUAACAAAUUCAAAUGAGAAAACAGAGAAGAACAGAAGUCUUUGAAUUGUGUUCACAUGAGAAGAGUGACAAAGUUGAAGGUACUCCAGUGUUUUAGUGAUGCACAUCCAUAACGUUGGAGGACUCCUUAAGAGACAUUAAGGAAAGUGGUAAAGUGAAGCAUCAAGGCUGACUUUAGUCCAUAGCAUGGGUCAAGAUCCUACAACUCCCACAAUGCAACAAAUACCAUAUUUUCAUUAAAGCCCCUUGCAAACUUGGCUGUAAAAUCAAAUAUAGUUGACUAAAUAACAACAUUACUGUUAGCAGUGUUAGCAUUGUUAGCUGCUAGCCACCUGGUCAUGUUGAAAGCUGUUUAGAGGCAACAGAAAUGCUCCUGAUCUCAUAUAUUAAGGACCUGUAACUAUUAUUGAGUUUCACUCUGCAAAUCUGCUUCAUCAGGACUGUGUCGCACAGGUUUGAACAGAUUUAAUUGACAACCAAACAACCCAUCAAUUUUGUUAUAUUGUCAAAAACCAAGCUUAAAUAAAUUAUUUUCCCACACAAUGUAAUCGAUAGCAUAUAUUGAAUAUUAAACAUGUUUUAUCUUGUCUUAUGUAAAAGUAUCGCAGAGAACGCCAUCACCAUUUUGGGAUCAAUAUGGAUAUUGAGUUAUACUAUUAAAGAAUUUGUAUUGCUCACUUACGUGUUCAGUUUAAUGGUUUGUUAUAGAAUUUGAGCACAUUCAUGAGAGCUGCAGUCAUGUGUUUUGAGAUUUGUAGGAUAAGAAGUUAUCUAGUUAACUUAUGUCAUGAGUAAAGGGUUCAGUCAAUGAGGUUCAAACCCCGCCUCCUUUCACACCCCCACUCACCUGACCAAUCACUGCUGAAAGCGGCCUGGUUGUCAGGGUGGUUAACGUAAAACAAAACCAAAAAAGCUGUGUAAAUAUGGUUGAAACGAAAUAAAUAAUAAUAUUGGUUAAAAAUGAAUAAUGUCAAAAUGAACCUUUCAGCAAAAUCACUACUGAAAAAGAGGAGACCGCAUGAGUUUCUGUCAACUCUCCUCACAUUGAACCAAAGAAACUGACCAGACUUGACGUUCCAGGAAAUGGCGCUAUGCUGCAAAAGCCUCACCAUUAAUCCCUUUUGUUUUUCUCAUGUAUUCUAGUAUUGUAAGAUGAAAUAACGAGGACAAGAUUUCAAUGUUGUUUU